ACCCCCCGUCACAUCGACGGGGGGCCAUUGCUUUCGCUGUGGUAAAACCGGACACCUUCCCGCCGCCUGUUCAGAAACGGUCACCGUUGCCGGCAAACCCGUUGCUGCCAUCUCUGCAAAAUCAAACAGCAAGAAUGCCCUCCUUGCACCAAACGGAAGUCCAUUCUGCUUCACGUUUGCAUGGGGAGGAGCCUGCCCCUUUGACGGAAAGGGGAAAGGAUGCAUCAACCACCACGGCUGCAGCGUCUGCCUCGACACCAGUCAUGGUGCCGCAAAGUGUUCCUACCUCGCUUGAUCCUCGCAACGUCACGACGCCCAUCCAGGUUGACAAAGUGGAAGCCUUGUUACAAGAGCUGGGCAUUGCAGAGGAUUGGCGUCAUGUCCUAGAGGGACUACGCAACGGUUUUGAUGUUGGUGUCAAAGACACACCCCCACGCUCCUUUAUGUUUGAAAAUCAUGCAUCGGCCUCGCUGGACGAGGAAUUCAUCGACUCAUACAUUGCUGGAGAGCAAGCUGCAGGGCGAUACUCACAGGGCUUUGCCCCCGACGACCUAGAGGGUAUUAUAGGAUUCUUUCGCACGUCACCCUUAGGGCUAGUGCCCAAACCUCAUUCCGACCAUCUGCGGAUGGUGCAGGACAUGUCAUACCCUCACAACAAUCCCGAAAUACCAUCUGUAAAUGCCGGCGUAGACUCCGACAACUUUCCCACAGAAUGGGGGACCUUCGACAGCACCAGCAAGAUGAUUCUAGGACUGCCAGCUGGGUGCAAAGCAGCUGCGUUCGAUAUAUCCUCAGCAUAUCGGAUCACGCCAGUACGCCCAGACCAACAGCAUGCAUUGUGCGUCUAUUGGAAAGGCAAAGUAUACCUAGACCGAGCGGUAGCAUUUGGACUGUCCUCCAGUGCUGGAGUCUUUGGCGCAGUAGCCGACAUGCUUGUUGCCAUUUAUCGUGCGAGUGGUUUCGGACCACUUCGGAAAUGGGUAGACGAUUUUCUUGUCAUUCGCCUACCACACCAGACAUGGUCAGAGGAUGACUUCCUCCAAGUAACCGAGACCCUUGGUGUCCCUUGGAGCCAUGCCAAAAUGAGACCGCUAUCAUCGUGCCAACGCUACAUAGGCUUCGACUGGGACCUGGAGCGCAAAGUUGUAUCUCUACCAGAGGAGAAACUCAGUGCGACACGCUCUCUACUAUCCCUUUGGCGAUCACCCGGCAGCAAGUUCACCAUGAAGGAAGCCGCCAGCCUGCAUGGCAAAUUGGUGCACACUGCAACAAUCUUUCCACUUUUACGACCCUUUCUUCGCUCUGCUUCACGCUUUGCCAGCUCUUUCAAAUCACACCGCGCACGCCUACGACCACCAACACCCCUUCGUGCAGACCUAGGCUGGCUGGAACACCUCUUACCCCUACUACCCAACGAGCUACCUCUAUCUGUACCAACGCCAUUAGACCUAGGUUGGUGGGGAGAUGCAAGUACUUCCUUUGGUAUCGGCAUCGUAGUAGGUCCCUACUGGGCAGCAUGGAAGUGGGCAAAGGGAUUUCAUGUCGGCCCAAAACAGAUUCACGACAUUGGUUGGGCAGAAGCUGUAGCAGUCGAGUUAGGCCUACGAAUGCUGAUACACCAUGGUAUGCUCGCUCAAGUGCCACCCUCAACAGCCCGACUUCUAGUGCGAUCCGACAACAAUGGGGUUGUCCACGUAGUAAACAAGGGCCGGUCACGAAGCGAAACAACAAAUGCUACCUUGAAGGAUACCUACUCCCUGUUGGCACAACACCACCUGUCACUCGAAGCGUGCUACAUCCCGAGCCGUCUGAAUGUCACCGAUGCCCUCUCACGCGGCGACGUUGCAGCAUUCCUAGAAGGCUUCCCAACAGCAUCCAUACACAGCGAUGUACCACUCCCAUCAUCGCUCAUCAGCAAACUGUCAUCACUGUGAUGGCAGCUUCCGCGGUCCGAAUAACGCCUUCAGCAACCA